GAGAGGACAUGUGGUGUAGACCAGGGAGAGGACAUGUGGUGUAGACCAGGGAGAGGACAUGUGGUGUAGACCAGGGAGAGGACAUGUGGUGUAGACCAGGGAGAGGACAUGUGGUGUAGACCAGGGAGAGGACAUGUGGUGUAGACCAGGGAGAGGACAUGUGGUGUAGACCAGGGAGAGGACAUGUGUUAGCAUGCGUGCAAACCUUUUUGGUAGAAGGCUGAUGCAUUUUGCAGCACACACACACACACACACCCCUCUGCAAUAUAUACACACACACACACGCUUGAUGCCUCUGCAGCCCUCAGACAUUCACACAGACAGGAAGUAGUGUCGUCUGCUUGCCUCGCGGGGGGGUUGGUAACCACGGAGACAGAAGCAGCAAGAGUGGUUGCCGUGGAGACAGCAGCAGGUGAGGGCAUUAUAAACAGGAAGUGGAUUGAGGCUGUGCCUCGACUGGCAGCGGGGCGGAGCCUCGGAGAGAGAGCGAGAACGAGGUCGACGGCUCUGCUGGGCUGAACACUGCUGCCUGCUACCAGGAAACCUCGGCAGUCAAAAUCUGUGGUUUUCCCCUCCACCACCCAUCCUAAACCGAGACUUUCUAAAUGUGUUAUGAGAGCAGAGCUAGGAGGAGAGAGAUCUGGAAGGAGUGAGGAGUGAAGCCUGACUGGAGUACACAAAGGAAGAGACAGCCGCGUCAUCAGAUCAGAUACAGGGAUUGUCAGUGGAGCAGAUUGAGCCACCCUGGAACUGAAGACAUGUGUUAUUGUAUCUGGGGACUGCAAUGAGUGUGACACGGAUCUACCUUGAAGACUUCCCAAAGAGAGAGAUCUGUCCUUCUGGGAUCCUGACUGACUGACUGUGUGUCUGUGUGACAGACUGAGUAUCUGAGGUGUGUGAUCUCCACCAGCAACCAUGCCCAUCCUAAAGCAGCUGGUAUCUGGUUCGUCCCAGACCAAACAGCGCCGCUCCCGUAUGGACCUGACCCGGGAGAUGAUCAGCGCUCCCCUGGGGGACUUCCGCCACACCAUGCACGUGGGUCGCAGCGGGGACGCCUUCGGGGACACCUCUUUCCUCUCCACCCACUCCGGGGAGGCCCCCCACCAGGCCGAACCCCAGGCCCAUCCCCACUCCCCCCGCCCAGGGCUUUUAUCCAGAACCUUCCGCAGCAGCAAACGCUCCCAGUCCGUCACCAGAGUGGACCAGAGCGACUGCUCGCUAGCGCCACCCGGUGGCUCGCCCACCUUCGUGAAGAACGCCAUGUCUCUCCCCUUCCUCAAUGAUGAAAACGGUGACCAUGUUGAUGGAGGAUACAGGGUGCCUAAGAGCCUCUCGUCCAGCCCACUGAAACAACUGAAUGAGCAGGAUGGAGGUGGAGGUACAAGGCCGUCUAAUGGGGCCGCUGCUGGGGCCCGAUCUCUGGAGCUGGAUGAGAGGAGCUUUGGGGAGCUGACUGACCUGCCAAGCCCCAGCCGUGGGUACUACGGAGGAGGGAUGAAGCACGCGGUGUCGGUCAUGUCGUUCCACAUCGACCUGGGGCCCUCCAUGUUGGGGGACAUCCUGGGGGUGAUGGAGAAGGAGGAUGAUGAUCUGGGAUACGAGGAGGGGAAGAGCAGUGAGGGACGGGCCUCUCCUACACUACUCCUGGGGAGGGAGGUGGGAGGAGAGGAGGAGGAGGGAGAAGAAGAGGAACCGGAAGCUGAGCUACUGCAGCUGCAGGAGGAGGCGGUCCCUGUACCUGUGAGUCCAACCAGCUCUGUAGAACCUGAGGUGGGAGAGGACGAGGGUGCACCCUACACCCCAGAGUACACCCCAGAGCCCCGCCCUAAACACCUGCAGCACCGAUUAGAUACCUGUUCUGUGUCCAGCUCCGCCUCUGGCUCCGCCCACGUGGAGCAGGAGAAACCAGCCGGACAGCUCCACGGGGGAGAUGCGAACAGCGCCACUUUCAACGCACCACCUGAGGAAGAGGAGCCGGGAAAGUUUUCUUCCUUCUUGGAGGACGAGGAUGAUGAGAUCCGUGUAUGAAACGAGACGUACAAGCUCAAACCAUAAACGGAACGGAUGAGUGUGGAUUAAUACAGAUGGAUAGAUUCUAUACUGAGUGGAUAUGGAUGAGUACAGAUGGAUAUAUUCUAUACUGAGUGGAUAUGGAUGAGUACAGAUGGAUAUGGAUGAGUACAGAUGGAUAUGGAUGAGUACAGAUGGAUGGAUUCUAUACUGAGUGGAUAUGGAUGAGUACAGAUGGAUAUGGAUGAGUACAGAUGGAUAUGGAUGAGUACAGAUGGAUAUAUUCUAUACUGAGUGGAUAUGGAUGAGUACAGAUGGAUAGAUUCGGUACUGUAUAAAGUCAACUCUAUAAAGCCCCACAUCACAACAGAGACGUAUAGACUGGAUGGCUUACAUGAGGCUGUGGACGACGUGUUGAGUUGAUACAGGAAUGAAUGAAUUACUACUGUGGAUGAAACUACUCUAUAAAGGCCCAUAUUAUGACAGAGAUGUACAGUCUAUACUGGGUGGAUAUGGAUCACAGUGCAGUAGCAGUACCUCCUCUGGUAGAGUGAAUGACGUGUUGAUACAACAACAAACUAAUAUUGUGGAUGAAACUGUACUCUGUCUAGUCUGGAUAGAAGGGUUGUAGUACAGCACCUCCUCUGUCUAGUCUGGAUAGAAGGGUUGUAGUAUAGCACCUCCUCUGUCUAGUCUGGAUAGAAGGGUUGUAGUACAGCACCUCCUCUGUCUAGUCUGGAUAGAAGGGUUGUAGUACAGCACCUCCUCUGUCUAGUCUGGAUAGAAGGGUUGUAGUACAGCACCUCCUCUGUCUAGUCUGGAUAGAAGGGUUGUAGUACAGCACCUCCUCUGUCUAGUCUGGAUAGAAGGGUUGCAGUACAGCACCUCCUCUGUCUAGUCUGGAUAGAAGGGUUGCAGUACAGCACCUCCUCUGGUAGUGUGAAUGACGUGUUGAAUUAAAUAGAAGAAGAAACUGCUCCCUCUGUCCUUCCUGUGAGAAUACAAACAUCUGGACUGGGAUCUGUAGACUGGGAUCUGGGAUCUGUGAACUGGGAUCUGUGGACUGGGAUC